GUAAGAUGUCGCGUUUCUUUCAUUGCCUCCACGCUGUGAUUCUGGUCGAGCUUGCCAUUGACAUGCGCUAGGCGAGAGAAAGCAUUCCGCAAUCAAUGGUUCUCUGUGAACGACGCUACCUUAUCUAUCAGCCCGAGCGGGUUUUUGGCUCGAUCGGCGCCUAAGAAAGCACUGCCCGACAAGCCCAAUACCACGAUGGUGGCUGUGCUAAAGCCACGAACGCCUUUUCGUCUCACCGAGUCUUUAGAGACGUAUCCGUACAUUCGCCAUCCGUUGCCUUAGCCCAACAACUUCUACUCGACUUCAGGACCUCGAGUCCUCCUUGAAUCCUCCUUGGACUCGAGGAUGCAUCACUCAUGAAAGCGUACCGUGUCACAUAGCACUCAUGAGAACCGCACCUGUCAACACCAUCGUGUCGCUGAACUGAUCACGAGAGCUCAAAAUGGUGCUUGAUCCAGUCACGGCUUUCGGGGUCGCAGGCAACGUUAUCCAAUUUGUUGAAUUUGGCUCCAACAUCGUGAGCAAAGCCCGUCAAAUCAAAGCGAACGGACAACUCCUCGAGAUUAGCAAGCUCGAGGAAUUCACCACAGUUUUAGAUGACUUGAACUCGAGACUGCAGAACUAUCCGCCGAGUAGCACAGUCUCAACGGGCCCUGGCUGGGAAAUAGGCAUAUUACAAGCAAGCGAAGGCUGUCAAAAAGUGUCCGCAAAGCUGAGCAAGUUGUUGGAGAAAAUGAAGACAUUACGUGAGAAGAGAUUCGGAGCCUUGCGUCAAGCCUUCUCCGCCGAGAUCAAGGACAAGGAGAUCAAUACUCUGAUGAGGGACCUUGAGGCGGCCAAAUCGCAGCUCAGUCUCAAUAUAGUUGCAUACAUAAGCGCACAACGCGAAACCGACCUUAAAGAAGUCCUCCGCGUCAGCAAAUCUGCUGAGACUACCUUCUUGGAAGUCGUGCGGAAAGACUACUAUGAUCUUAGGAGCCAACUUGACCUAUUAAAGGAUGUCGUCCACGGAGAGAGUUCUGCAACUCAACAAGCCAUAAACGAAUGGCAAUCGACCUAUGAGACCAUGCUGGCUACUACAUCUGCAAAAAUUGCAGAUGACACCCGACAGAGCCUCACCAGUUACGCCGUCCGUAAGAUGCUGGCAAGCCUCUAUUUUGUCCAGAGCAAGGACAGGCAAACUAUGAUCCUAGAUGCCCACCGGACUACUUUUGAUUGGAUCUUCGACGAUGACUUCUCUUGUGACUCUAGUGGAUUAACAUUCACCGAGUGGCUGAAGGAGAAGCAAUCCCAGAAGGGGUUGUUUUAUGUCAGGGGCAAACCCGGUUCUGGAAAGUCGUGUUUCAUGCGUUAUUUGGCAGAGCAUCCCAAAAUGCCAGCCCACCUUCAAGAAUGGGCUCGGGAAAAGCCACUUUUGAUGGCAAGCUCCUUCUUUUGGCGGGCAGGCACUAAGCUUCAGAAAUCUUUGAUUGGCAUGCUACGCACAAUACUGUACCAGCUCCUAGAACAGCAACCAUCUCUCAUGCAGAUCGCACAUCCAGAACGAUGGCGGGCUUAUUAUCUAGGUCACACCAACCUGACAGACUGGUCGGAGCAGGAGUUAACCUCCUCGUUUGCUCGUCUGUUCACCGAGGCUUCCGACUCUGUCCGGUUCAUGAUUCUGGUCGACGGUCUGGACGAGUACGAGGGGAGUGACGCGCAGAGGCAGAACCUAGUCGAUCUGCUGGUCCGCAUUGCUCAAUAUGAGAACGUCAAAAUUUGCGUUUCGAGUCGACCGUGGCCAAUCUUCCAAGGAGCGUUCGAAAAGUAUCCGAGCUUGUCACUGGAGGCAUUGACCCGGGGGGAUGUGGCGACUUAUGUGCGCGACCAUUUCAAUGAGAACCCAAACUUUGUCGCUUUGAGCAAAAUAAAGCCAACGCAAUGCAGCAACCUCGAGUUACAGAUAGUCGAGAAGGCAUCCGGGGUGUUUCUGUGGGUCUACCUCGUUGUCCGAGACAUGCUGCAACGGCUCCAGGCGGGCGCCUCCAUUGGCACGCUCUUCAAGAGACUAGAUCUCCUGCCACGCGAACUGGACGAUUUUUUCAUGCAAAUCAUAGAAUCUAUCGACCUCUCGGAGCGGGAAGACGCAGCAAAGAUUUUCCAGCUAGUUAUGGAGCUUCCGAAAUGGCAGACCACUUUAUUCACCUUGUCCUUCACUGAGGAAGUCAACGUGGAUUUUGCGCUGCAUCUCGAACACGACGAUCUCUCCCAAGUAGCCAUCGAUCAUCGGCUGUUGACCAUGAGGCGGCGUCUUGCAAGCAGGUGUAAGGGCCUUUUGGAAGUCGGAGCGGAGAUCAAGCGAUCGCGAUGGAGCGACUGGUCAAUCGAGUUCUUGCAUAGGACCGUAUACGACUUCUUCUGCCAAAAUCGGGACUUGCGAGACCGACUUUCGCAGUUCAUUAACGGACCCUUUGAUGUGCCGCGCUACAUGUGCAAUGCGUCGUUGAUGGAAUUCCUUGUCCUGACAGAUACGAACCAGACGUCUGGACCGUUCAUGGAGGCCGGUCAAGACGCGGUGGCCAUUGUCGUCACUUUGCUGCAAUACGCGGCCCGGAAUGACCAGGAGACACAGUCGGUCCCUCUCAAUUUGCUUUCUGUUCUUGAACAACGGCUCAAGGAGAAUUGGCCUGUGUCGAUCAUACGCCAGUCUACGGCCGGGAUGUUGGCCCUACCAGGCUUCGGUCACUCCCAAGCGGUCCGCCUCUUCGCUCAGUGGCAACACGACGCGGAGUCGUUCCUGGCAAUUGCCGUGCAGUACUCUUUGACGCGCUAUGCCGUUCUCCAGUUAGAAGAAGCUCGCCAGGUGCUUCGGAACCACAGGACUCUAGGCAGACUUCUGGAUCUGGCACUGAAUCCGCUUCCCACCACACAGCAGAACAUAAAGCCCAUACCCUCGCCCAAGAUUGUCGCUAAGCUAUUGGACCUCACCAAGCCUAGGAUACAGCCACCCGAAACUCCAGACCACCUUCGCGAGUACCCAAUUACACUCGGAGAUAAAUCAACAAAAGUCAUCAUGGCGCUUGAUCGAGAUGAACACUGGAGCCGGAGAGUCCUUGAUGCCUGGGCAGAGAUCAUUGCAUUACUCAUUGACCAUGGGCUUUUCCCCUUGGAAGCCCGCACUCGUGUCCUUCUCAAAAAGAAGUUCCGAGCUGAGCAGGCGGAGAAACUUGAGGAUCUCAUGAUGAGGAGAGAGUACGUUUUCGUGGAAUCCUAGCCCAGGAGAGAUGAGUAAGGGGAGACAGGCGUUCAAAUUGCCGUGCAUGUGCGGAUGCUCCUGUAUGGGUUUCUGCGAUAUGACGCACAGUUGCUCUCAAGGAAUAUUUGAGAUCUGAUUGUGACAACGCGUGCCGUUUAGCGAACAAUAAGAAUCGAUUACUCGAGCGGGAAAACGUUUCCCUUGCUUUGCAAGGCAACGAACGUACCACUAUUCAAUGGUCUUUCCGGUAUUCAGCGAGGGAUUCUGUACCCGGACCUUCACCCCUUGGACGAGUAGUCCUCCUGGCGUGUAAUGGG